AAUGAGGACAGAAGGCCCUUCCAGGGCACUUGCAAGCUGUGUUCAGGCUACAGGGCACCUUCGUGUACCUUUCCUUGGGCCUGGCUUAUCCUUAAAUCCCCGGGACACACUGGAGCCUGAGGGAUGUUUCUGCAAGGGCAGAAUGAUUUAUAACUGCCUUCUCUAUGUCAAUCAAUCCUGAGUCCCCUUCCUCCCAAGACAGCUUGCAGGCGAAGGGGGCAGCCUGCUGGUCCCCACUCCCAGCCCACCAUGCCUCUCUUCUCAGCAUCCAUGACUCCUUCCUGAAGCUCUGCCCCCCUGGAAAAUACUACAAGGAGGCCACGCUGACCAUGGACCAGGUCAGCUCCCUGCCGGCCCUGAGGGUCAACCCUUUCAGAGACCGAAUCUGCAGAGUGUUCUCCCACAACGACGUGUUCUGCUUUGAGGAUGUGCUGGGCAUGGCAUCUGUGUUCAGCGAGCAGGCCUGCCCCAGCCUGAAGAUCGAGUAUGCCUUCCGCAUCUACGAUUUUAACGAGAAUGGCUUCAUCGACGAGGAGGACCUGCAAAGGAUCAUCCUUCGGCUGCUCAACAGCAACGACAUGUCCGAGGACCUGCUCACUGACCUCACCAGCCGCGUGUGUGCCCGGGGCUGCGGGGUGCUGGAUGAGUCAGACCUGGACAAUGACAACAUGCUGUCCUUCUCCGAGUUUGAGCACGCAAUGGCCAAAUCUCCAGACUUCAUGAACUCCUUUCGGAUUCACUUCUGGGGAUACUGAUGAAUAGCUGAUCUGGACCCCCUGGAACUUGGAAUUCCACCCCCUGCAGGUGCUGGGAGAAAUCUGAUUAGAAGAAUGACUGUCCCCAUCCCUCCCUCUCUUCUAGAAAAUUGUUUAUUCAAUAAAGCCAAAGAAAAGCCUGUCCCUGGCUCCCUCACUUCAUCAUUUUUUGAAUGCAAGUCAUAGAGAAGUACUUCCCGCCCCCUUUUUAAGGGCGGCGCAUGUGGCUUAUGGAAGUUCCUGGGCUAGGGAUU